UACGGACCCUGCUGUGAUGGCCCGACCCGUUAAAAGUAUAUUGUCGCCGUGGUGCACCACCGGAGCUACAACAGCGAUCUUCUCCCGCCAGUCGACAAGCCAAUUCCGAGCACUUAAAACAUCCAAAUGUUGAGAGCAAUUUCUCAGAUACGAUCCUAUCCGUUGAGCCUCAGAACCCUAGCGAACCUUUCCUUGCUGCAGCCAAGCUUCGACUUCUCCAUUAACACUUCCUUCCGCUCACUCUGGAGUUCGCCGCUGCUACAGAGGCGCCAAGAUGAGCAAGGAAAUGAUGAGUACAGCACACUACCAUCAAGGAUCUUCGUGGUGCAGCCUCGGUUGAGGCCCGAUUCUGUUUUGAAACCGAAGCUUGACGAAGCUCUCAACCUCGCCAAUUCGCUUGAAGAACGGCGAGAUGGUUUCUACGAAACCGAGUUCUCCGAGAAAGAGGUGCCUCCUCAUAUCGUUGUUCAGAAUCCAGCCGCCAGAUGGCCUCGUGCUGAUACAUAUUUUGGAACAGGGACAGUAAGCACAAUAAAAUGCCAUAUAAAUGCAUUGGAAUCAGAGGGUGGAGUAGAUGCAGUUUUUGUAAAUGCAAUGCUUACUGGAAUCCAGCAGCGGAAUUUGGGGCGUGAAUGGGGUAGACCUGUUAUUGAUCGUGUAGGCCUUAUCAUAGAAAUAUUUAAUGCACAUGCACAGACAAAGGAAGCGAAGUUACAGGCUGAGUUGGCAGCUCUUAUGUAUAAGAAGAGCCGACUUGUACGCCUACGUGGUCCUGGUGGACGCUGUACUUUUGGUGUAAUGGGAGAGGCAGAGGUAGUUAGUGCCAGAGGGAGAGGAAGUGGAGGACGUGGUUUUAUUAGUGGUGCUGGAGAGUCAGAACUGCAGCUCCAACGACGAAGAAUUUUAGAGCGUAGACUGCAAUUGUUAUCUGAAAUCAAAGAGGUUCGCCGUACACGGGCCUUGCAACGUGCUUCUCGCAAGAGGCAUGCAGGCUCAAUUGGCCAGGACAUUGCUACUGUUGCUGUUGUUGGUUAUACAAAUGCUGGAAAAUCUACACUAGUUAGUGCCCUUACAGACAGCUAUCUCUACAGUGAUGAUCGAAUGUUUGCAACAGUUGAUCCAAAAUUAAGCAGCGUUAUUCUUCCAUCAGGGAGGAAGGUCCUUUUAAGUGAUACAGUCGGAUUUAUAUCAGAUUUGCCUGUACAACUUGUGGAAGCAUUUCAUGCAACGUUGGAAGAGGUUGUUGAAGCUGAUAUCCUUGUGCAUGUGCUGGAUUCCAGUGCACCAGAUCUUAAUGAACAACGGGAGACAGUUUUGCAAGUUCUUGAGCAGAUAGGUGUAUCUAAGGAGAAGCUUAAAAACAUGAUUGAAGUUUGGAACAAGAUUGAUCUUGAAGAAGAGGAAGUUGGUUCUGAUGAAUAUGGUAACGAAGAAGAAGUCCCUGAGGAAGAAUAUGAUAGUGUUCCGUCAGACCAGCUCUCUGGAGCUGAUUGUCAUCAUGACAAUGAAAUUGAUAAAGAUAUGAAUCCUGAAUGGGAAAUGGAUGACCAACAAGGUGCCAAUUGUGAGAGCUGGUUGGCCUUGGAGGGCGAGCAAGACUUAUGGGUUAACUAUGAUGAUUCCUCUGUUGGAUUCGGGGACUCGGAGGAUUCUUGGAAGGUUCUGCCCAAGGGCUGGAGGACAGGAAGAGGAAGAAGAGAUUCACAGGUUCAAUCUGGACCUCUUCCACAUGUCAAAACAUCUGCACUAACAGGAGUUGGCUUGCAAGAGUUGCUGGAGUUGAUUGAUGAGAGGGUGACGCAGACACCCCAAGACACACCAGAUGCAACCAUCUUCAACCGCAAAUGGAGGCCACCACGGACUGAAGAUGCUGACAUCGCAAUUGGACAAUGAGAUGGAUUAGGCAAGCAAACACGCAUAUAGCCAGCCAGCCAAUAGCACGCUCCUUUCUUCUACCAUCUGUCUUAUAAGGCAUGAUUUCAACAUGGAUGGUUGAAGUCAAGAAAAAUGCCGUUUCUUGUAGCUCCUGAAAACCAUCUCCAUCAAGUUUCCUACCCAGCGUUUAGCCCUCCCUACCAAUGCUGCCAGAGCCCAGAGGUACUCAUCCAUCCAUCUUCAUGCUGGAAAUGAUCCAUCACUGGUAAAGAAUAUGAAGUUACCCAACUGUACAUUUUAGAGGGAAAAUGCAGUCUCAUAUGUUAUAAAUUAUACCAAGGGAUGAAAUAUUGACAACUCUUUUCCUUCUGUUUUAAUGUUGCUUUCCCUAUUACACAUA